GAUAACGGUAGCUCCUUGAACGAACCAAUCACAGGAGGGCUUUCAGGCAUUUAAACCGUGUGGCGUCAUUUACACGAAAUUCAAACUUUGGAGGAGAGAGAAAGCACAGAGCUGUAUCAGUGUACUCCACGUUUUCUGGAAGAGGUCGUGUGAAAACCUGGACAAGAUGGCGCAGUUUGGGUUUGAGAACGACAUCCACAGUAUCCUGAAGCUGGAUAUGCCCAUCACAAACGCUCCCAUGGCGAGGUGGCAGAGAAAGGCCAGUUCAUCAAACACAUCCGCAUUAAGCGGUUUGUCGCCCGGAAAAUCUGCCAAUGUGUCGCUGAGUUCAUCAAAAACGCCGAGCAAAACACCAGGCAAAAACAAAAAACAAACGCCCUCUAAGAUGGGAGGCGACCGCUUCAUCCCCACCAGAAACAGCAAACAAAUGGAUGUGGCAAGUUUCCUGCUCACAAAAGAGAACGAGCCUAUGGACACAAACAAUACAGCAGGAACAUCAGAAAGCCAGAAAGCCUGGUCUAUGUCACUUAAUGGGUACAACAUUGAAGAUGCAAAGAUCCUGCACCUCGGAGGGAAACCACUGAAUGCACCAGAAGGCUAUCAGAACAACUUGAAAGUCCUCUACAGUCAGGGAGCAACUCCUGCCUCAGUCAAAAAGUCGAGAUACAUAUCUUCAACUCCUGACAGAAUCUUGGAUGCUCCUGAGCUUCGAAAUGAUUUCUAUUUGAACCUGCUUGACUGGAGCAGCCGAAAUAUUCUUGCUGUGGCUCUUCAUAACAGUGUUUAUCUGUGGGAUGCCACUCAAGGAGACAUCACUCUUCUUAUGAAGAUGGAGCGUGAGGAGGACUACAUCUGCUCAUUGUCCUGGACCAAAGAGGGAAGCUACCUAGCUAUCGGCACCAGUGAUUGCAAAGUUCAGUUGUGGGAUGUUGAAAACCAGAAGCGUUUACGCAGCAUGGCUAGCCACACAGCUAGAGUUGGUAGCCUGAGUUGGAAUGACCAUGUUCUUUCCAGUGGCUCCAGAUCAGGACACAUUCACCAUCAUGAUGUGAGGGUGGCAGACCAUCACAUCUUCACGCUCAAUGGUCACUCACAGGAGGUGUGCGGGCUGAAGUGGUCCCCUGAUGGGCGAUACCUAGCCAGUGGAGGCAAUGACAACUUGGUAUGUGUAUGGCCCCGUGUGCAGGAGGGCAGCGCCAGCAAUGAAAGCCAGUCAGUCCGCUGCUGGAGUGAACAUCAAGGAGCUGUCAAGGCUUUGGCCUGGUGUCCAUGGCAGCCAAACAUCCUCGCAUCUGGAGGUGGCACCAGUGAUCGUCACAUCCGUAUCUGGAAUGUAAACAGUGGCUCCUGCAUCAGCUCACUUGACACUCAGUCCCAGAUCUCGUCCCUGGUGUUUGCACCAAACUACAAGGAGCUGGUCUCUGCCCAUGGAUAUGCCCACAACAAUGUUGUCAUCUGGAAGUAUCCUUCUCUCACCAGAGUCGCAGACCUCAACGGCCAUGAGGACAGAGUUCUGAGUUUGACUCUGAGCCCAGACUGCUCUACCGUUGCCACUGUCGCUGGAGAUGAAACCAUUCGUCUGUGGAAAAGCUUCGAAGUGGAUCCUGUCAAGAAGAAGGCCAAAGAAAGGAUGGUCAAAUCAACCAGUAGUGUCAUUCAUCAGUCCAUCAGAUAAUUUCCUUUUUUGUUUUGACUUUUGAGGGGGUUUUUUUUUUUGGUCUAUGCUGAAUGAAUUUGUGCAAAUGUUUUAUUUAAUCCACAAUAAAGAUUUCCACCCAGUGUUUUAGCCAUAACUUGCAUCUUACUGCUCUUGUUGGUAAUACAGUGAGUUGUUGAUCUCAGUUGUUUAUAUAAUGUGGUAACCUACAAGUGUUGGUGUUUAAGCUGUACUGUUCUUAAAUGUAUUUAUGACCUUCACAUAGCUUAUUGUAAUCAGGAUACAUUGUAUACAGUGGACUGGGUUAUAAAUAAAUGUUUGUUUACCUUA